AUGACUGCCAACGCCGCCGACGAGCGAAAGCUGCGUAAGCGACUGCAAAACCGCGCCAAUCAACGAGAACGAAGGUCGCGCCAGAGACAGGAGACGCAAACCAACAGCAAUAGUCAUCGCCCAUACCGGGUGGACAGGUGGCGGUACACCUAUCACCAUGACACGGAAGAAUCCAACAAGCGCAGUGAUGCAGUUUCGGAUCCAGCUUCUAGCCAGCGCCACGCCGUAUCAAGCCUCGCUUUGAGAUGCAGGGUGCCAGACCAAGCGGCAUCCAACCAAGUGGCGACCCAUCACUUCACGCCUUGUCCCACCCAGGAUCACUUAUUGCACCUCAUCCAGGUAAAUCUGUUGCGGGGCCUCUUUGAUAACAAAUUGGCGCUUCUGUCCUGUGCAGACUAUCUCACUAUUGGCGCCGCAGCCGAGCUGCAGAUUACCGCGCCCUGGCUUGUCUUUCCCGGCCGUGCCGCCAUCGUACCGAGCGCCGGCGACAUCCCGGGCUCUCUUUGGCCGACGCCACUGCAAGGCACCGUCAUCCAUGCCACCUGCAUCGAUCUGGUUCCCUUUGCAGAGCUCCGCGACCGCAUGAUUGCGUGGGAGGGCCGUUUUGACUUUGCUGACCUCUUGCAUGACCUCAUUGGCAACCUCGUCGACCCGACCUGUUUCUUUACUGGCCUUCCAGGUCAGAAGAAGUCGAUGACAGACAAGGCUACAGUACUGUACCACGGGCAAGAGGAUCAAGAUUAUACUGCAAAUCGGAAUGGCCUCAUACUGUGGGGCGAGGCGCAUCUCCCAGAGAGCUGGGAGGUGACUUUGGGGUUUUUGCGUAAAUGGGGCUGGCUGAUUGAGGGCUGUCAGGACCUUAUUGAUUCUAGUAAUCGCUGGAGAAUGGCUCGGGGAGAGGAGCCGCUGACCCUCUGCACAUCUGCGCGGGUUAGAGAGGGCUUAACGGUGGAUGCGAGGUUACCGCCAACGCCUUUCAAAUGA